UGGUGCUGGUCGUUGCUGGAGUCCGGGGCUGGACCGGGGAGGAGACUGCAGAUGCGGGGUGGUACAAUGUGGCGCUGGAAGUCCUCCUGCACUCACAGGACACAUGAGAGCAGGAGAAAGUCGGAGCGAAUUGAGUCAAAGUUGGUAUUAAAGUCAGUCUACCUCCCAGAGCGACCAUGAGAGUCCUCCUGCUACUCUGCAUGCCAGUUGUGCUGUUCAGCCAGCCCCAGUACCAGGAUCCAUAUAUCUUUAACGAAUUCCAAGAGUAUGAGUACACUACAGACCCUCCUCGCGGAGGCUAUCAGCAGCAGGUUCAGCUCAACCCCGUGAUCCGUCCUGGAAAAUCAGAUCCCGAAUUCCUGACGGAGCCCACGGAGCCUGGACCUCUCGAUUGCAGAGAGGAGCAGUACCUCUGCACCAGACUCUACUCAGUUCACAAACCAUGCAAGCAAUGCCUCAACAGCCUCUGUUUCUACAGUUUGCGGCGGGUGUACGUCAUCAACAAGGAGGUCUGCGUGAGGACUGUGUGCGCACACGAGGAGCUGCUCAGAGCGGACCUGUGUCGUGAUCAGUUUUCUCGCUGUGGAGUGGCGGCGCUGAGUGGCCAGUGUGCAUCAAUAGGAGGAAGCUGUGGGAAGAGCUGCGGUAGCUGCUGAUGAUCAGGGACACCACCCGCCCAGAUACUGCCGCUUUUUCACCUCCCUCAUCACGUUGUCUUACUUUGCCCUCCUCCCUCCCUCCUCUCCCUCUGUACACCCCCACUACCCCUGUGCAAAAAAGCACUGCUGCAUUUCAGCAUGUUUCUCUUUGUCUAAAAUGUUCCACGUGUGUGUUUGCUCACUAGAUCCUGUGUGUAAGGAUACGUAUAAUCCAAAGGAUGUUGAUGACUGUAUAAAUCACUGGUGCUAUAAAACUUUUAGAGGUGCACAUAAAGCCACAGAACAUCCUCUAUUUUUCUUUUUUUGCAUAUUGUAUCACAUUAAUCGCCCCGUGUUUACUGGUACGUUACUGUAUUUGUGUUGAAAAGCAGUCAUUGUCAUGAUCAGCUCAUCAAUGGUGGCCGCAGUGCACUGACAUCAGACAAAACUAAUCGAUAUCCAGCCGCCAGCUGUCUCGCUAUCGAAGAUCAUGAGAUAUGUGAUGAAACAGGUAGUGAGGAGUGACCUCACAAAUGACCUCUGUACUACUGCUUUGUAAAACUGUCACUAUAGAGACUGAGAAAAAAAAUAAACUUUGUUUUGUUUUUUUACUA